AUGUUGCGAAAUACCUACGGCGAAUCGUGUAUAUCGAAAACAAGGGCUUAUGAAUGGUAUAAGGCUUUUAAAGAAGGCCGAGAAGUAGUAGUAGACUUGCCUCGUUCUGGUAGACCUUCAACCGCUACGACCAAAGAAAACAUCGACAAUAUCAAGAAGCUAAUGCUCGAAAAUCGACGUAUGAGUCUGAGAGAGUUGGCUAGUGAGGUGAACAUAUCUUUUAAGUCCGUCCACAACAUUCUCAUUGACAUUUUAGGCAUGAAACGCGUCGCCGCUCGACUAGUUCCAAAAGAGCUCAAUUUUGUUCAAAGAGCGCAGCGAAAGCAUGUCGCUGAAGACAUGGUUUCCCGAGCUUCUACGGAUCCGAACUUUAUGAAACGUAUAAUAACUGGCGACGAGACAUGGGUUUAUGAGUACGACAUGCAAACAAGCCAACAGUCUUCAGAAUGGCGUCUCGAAAACGAGCCGAAACCAAAAAAACCGCGGCAAAGUCGCUCCAAAAUCAAGGUGAUGCUGACAGUUUUUUUUGACUACCGUGGUGUGGUUCACUCCGAAUUCCUUCCAAAGGGAGAAACAGUGAAUAAAGAAUAUUAUUUAGGCGUCAUGAAGCGUUUGCGUGAGAGUAUCCGCCGAAAACGUCCAGAUUUGUGGCAACACAACUCAUGGAUGCUGCACCAUGAUAAUGCACCAUCACACACAGCCAUUAUAGUGAAAGAGUUUUUAGCGAAAAAUUCAACAAAAGUUCUCGACCAAGCACCGUAUUCACCUGAUAUGGCUCCGUCUGACUUUUUUUUAUUUCCCAAGUUAAAUUACCAUUUCGAGGAAAACGUUUUGAGUCGAUAG